AUGGCACGGGAUAGCGGUUUCUAUGAUAUGCUUCCUGCACUCCACGCACUUCCAGCUGUAGAAGCUGUUGUCGUGGAUCGCCUGAGACCAUGGCGCCGGAGAAGGGAAAAGGAGGUAGCGGAACUUUUGUUCCCACAAAACGCAGCAACAGCAGAAGCGAGUGAGUCACCGAUACCGAAGUCAAUACAACAACCCUCAUUGCGUAGACGACGGGCCAAUUCCGCUAUGGAGUCCGCUGUCACACAUCUUUGUUAUGGUAGACGGGCGCAUCCACGCCGCACGGCUAUUGCACUUCAUCAUCCUCAGGUCCUUGUGUUCACGGUUGAUGAACCCAGUGCCCUAUGCUGCAGCGAAGUGCAGAAAACAUUGAGGUCUGUGGACGGGCCAGUACAAAUUCAAUAUCUGCUUGCCAGCGAAAGGGAUUUCUAUGGAGCUCAAAUGGACUACCGGAGGACAAAGUCCCGGACAAGAAGAGGACGGGCUCCUCAACGAGCGGCUUCCGUUCCUGCUUUAACUUAUACUAACUGCGAAACUGUGUGUAAUGAUGGCAUUUGUCCUUGUAGCAAGUCGGUCACCACGCACAAGGACGGAGACCGUGGCGUGACCGGCUCUGUUAGCAACAAGAACGGAGCCGGGGUAUUAUCGGCACUGCACGAAUGCAAGAUAGUGGACUCUUUACAGGAUCUCUAUGCUUUUCAUCCAGGUAGGGACUACAUUGACUGUGGUGCUUUUUCGCGAGUGUAUCGGGCCGUUCCCCUGUUUCAAGGAACCGGUGGCCGCUCAUGUGGGGCAAACAACUGCAACCGUAGUGCUGGACCAAGUGAUUCCUUUGUGGCGAUAAAAGUAAUUCCUCGUGUGCGUUCGGAGCGAGGCGGCCGUUACAAGGUUGCGCCCCAUGCAGCGAGAAGGGGGGAAAGUGACAUGGGGAGGCACGUGGUUUCGAGCACUUCCGCGCAACAUUGCGCGUGUGGCAAAUAUCCUCGACAAAGUGAAAGUGACGCAGAGUGGCGACAACUGCAAAGAAUCGCAGAAGAGGUAUCAAUCCUCGCUGCUCUCGAGCACAGCGGAUGCUCCCACCUUAUUGGAACACUGCAAACUCCAGAGGAGUUUGCAAUUGUUAUGGACAUGGGUAAAGGUAAUAUCGAUGCCCUGCGCUACGUUCGCGCGCAUGGACCACUUAAUGAGGCGCAUGCUUCGUUAAUAGUUUAUCAGCUUGUGGAAGCGGUCAAUUACCUGCACAAUGUCAAGGAGGUCCUGCAUCGAGACAUAAAACUGGAGAAUAUACUGCUUUCCCGAGUCGAUCAAUCAAUAAGUAUUAUCCGGAAAGCUAUGGAAACGGGUGGUAGUGUGGAGUCUUCUCCGAGGUCGAAAAACCGAAGUCACACUCACAACGAGGAGGAUGUGUCUGGAAGGACCGAGAAGGAGCACACCAAGAGAACGGGAGAUGGGUGUGAACGCGGCAACCGCACCGAAGUUGCGGACAGUAAAGCACGGUCUUCGUCUUAUAGGUGGUGGGAGCCAGUUUCCGUCAACGUUUCUACUGCUACCGAUGAGAUGGAACGGCUGUUGAAGGUAACCCUCAUCGAUUUUGGCCUGUCAAUGCAUAUGUCAAGGUGUAGCGGCACUGGAAAUCCCUCAGUAGAAAAGAAGAUGGAAGAGGGGAGCGACACACGGAAGCCCAUAAUCCGAAAAGGAAGUCCCAAGAGCAGUGGCACUGUGGCAGUUGGUGGGGGUUUCAAUCUCCCUGAGUUAUCCUUCGCCUCAUGUGGUAAGGUGGAAAAAGAACCGAGGCGCGUGGAUGAUGUCGCUGGUGGAGAAGGGACACUUGAGAGCAAACAAGAAGAAUCAGAAGACGACGAGGGGUUGUCUCACAGGGUAACGGUCCCGGUUGCAAUUUCAAAUAACACUCCACCAGUCCUCAGUCGAGCGGGGUCGACAAGUGAUUCAACAGCAAAAAUUCCAACCACCCUUUUGGUGGGUGAUGAAGAGGAUGGGACACAGCAGGACCGACAGCCGAAGGGUGCCAUGCCUACGCGCGCUAUCGCCGGAGCGCAGGGAAGUGCGUCGGUUCCGCUUACUGAUCAUGAGUGUCCUGCACCUUCCUCACUGCUGGAGGAUGAUUCACAUCACCACGAUGAUACACUUUUAUCGUUCACACCUUGUGGUACUGAAAGGUAUUUGCCACCAGAAAUAUUGCAGUGGAUUUUGCAGAGGGGGUGGAAGCAGAAGACCAUAGCUGUCUGUGAGGCCCGCAAGUUGGAUGCUUAUGCGGUUGGCAUUGUGACGUAUGUGCUCUUGAGUGGCUGUUUCCCCUUUAAUGGAACAUCUCGGGCGACGAUGUGGCAACAGAAGCUUUGCGUGCCGGCGUGCAACAGCAGCCGCUGGGAAAAUGUCAGCACAGUGGCCAUCUCAUUCGUUCAAUCUCUCCUAGAUCCCCAGCCACGCACGCGGUUUGAGCUUUGUGAGGCGCUCACCCAUCCGUGGAUGCGCCAAGGGGCGCUACUAGCGAAGAAGCUGUCGCUUGUUCCACAUUCCAUGGUUGCAGACGCCAAUUUGGGGGAAGGGGAGGAGGAAAAAGAAAGGAGCAACCGCCAGCUUCCCCGAGUGGUUUCUCGGCUGUCCACCUCAGCAUCCUCAUUAAUUUGUGAUGGGCCUGUCCAUACACCCUCCGUUGGUUCUCAUGCCACCGGAGGGGAUGGUAGCCAUCCAAAAACCCAGAAGGAACAAACUGGCGAUGGUCGCGCCAGUAGUGCACCCCGCCAUUCCGCGAUUGGUUGCCCACAUCGGCGUACGUGCUCAGCGGUGUGUGUAUCAACCGAGCUCACAUGUGCGGAUAACGGAGCCUUAACAGUUCACAGCACAGCGGGGUCAGGAAAAUUGAGUAGCAAACUUGAGUCUGAAGGACCCCGUUUGUCGUUUAUGCAUCGCGUAGGUGAAGAGCAACGUCCCGCCCAACUCACUGAGACAUAUGAUUGCCAGGAAGUGGGGAACAAACAGUUCGGUCAAGCGAAACCCGACGUGGAUGAGGGAAUGGCGGAUAUGUUUGCUUUUCUGUACGAAAAGAUAAUGUCGGAGUAA